GUGCGCGGAGCGACCAAGAAGAAUGAGCGCACAGACUGGCAGCUGACUGAAGGUGAUUUGCGAUUCCUUGCACGGCCGUACUUUCGUGGUCCUCGUAUGGGGGACCGUGUCUAGAAAGUCAACGUCAACGUGGCUAGAAAGUCAUCGCCAACGUGGCCACGUAGAAAGUCAACGUCAACGUGGAUAAAGUCGUCAACGUGGACAGAAAGUUGACUUUGUCUAAAAGCUGACGUGAACGGAAACUGGAAACUGAGAAAAGCGGAGUCGGCAUCGAACUGGGAAAGCGGAAGAAGGGGGGGGGAAAAGGAGAGUUGGGUGUGCGCAUGCGUGCGCAAGGAUUGAGAGACUGAUCGUGAAGGGAAGGGAGGGGGGUAUAGGAGUUGGGUGGCGGAAUUCGACGACGCGGGUGCAGCGCUCAGAGACUGCAAGAUGGCUCGUCAUGGCGUUGCUAAUCUGCUCGUCCCGAUCCCGAUUGCGGCAAUUAUGUUGAUGUGUCUCAUGUGUCCAUCUCUUGUCUGGAGAGCUCCUGGCUAUGGCAGCCGCUCGGGCGGCGUCAUCAUUGGUGCGGCAGCAGUCGAAGUACAAGUGGACGUGGAUGGGAACGUGAAGGAGGUUGGAAUCGAGGGCGGAGCGGAGGGGGAGGAGGGGGCGAAGACGCGGGCUAGGUCCGUGUUGGACUGGGCGAAGGAGAAGGCCGCGCAGAUGGGGCGCAAAGCGGAGGAAACAGCUGCGGAAGGCGUUGACGCGACGACGGGCGCGGUGACCGGCGCAGCGGCGUCGGGCGCGGAAUGCGUCAAGGGCGCAGCCGCGGCGGGGGCGGAGAGCGUGAAGGGCGCAGCCGCGGCGGGUGCGGAGAGCGUAUCUUCAGCAGCUCAUUCCGCGUACGAGAGCGGUAAAGAGUCCGCCGGAGAAGCGGCAGGCAAGGUGAAGUCCUCCCUGGGAGAGAAGGUGGAGGCUGCAAAGGAGAAGGUCGAGGGUGUGGCCAGAAUUGCUAUGGAUAAGAUCAAGGGGUCAGCGUCAGAUUCCGCAGAAGACAUCGGGGACACAGCUCUGGAAGGAGCGAGGAAGACGAAGGAGAAAGUCACAAGCUCGUCGGUGGGAGACUCGACUGUAGGAGUCAAGGAUGCGGCGAUGGAUGGUGUGGAAGAGAGGAUGGGAGAGGUGGAAGAAGCUGGGGGGAGAAAGGGAGAAGAAGUGGGGGAGAAGGCAAGGGAGGCGGCAGAGCAGACCGCUGAGGGUAUGGCUGAAAAAGCGGAGGGUGUCAAAGAGAAGGCCAAGAAGAAGAUGGAAGAGAUGGCCAGGAGGGUGGGAGAAGAAGUGGGAGAGAAGACCAAGGGUAUGGGAGAGAGUGCAGCGGGUAAAUCGGGCGCCGCCAAGGAAGCGGCGAAGGAGAAGAUGGAAGAGGUCUACGAGCAAGCGAAGGGCAAAGAUGAGCUGUGAAAGCUCGCCAGUGCAUGUGGAUGAAAGGCGGACAAGUUCGGCGUCCUCAACUGGUAUUACGGAAAAAGGGGCUGGAUGUGGCGACGAACUGAAGGCAGUGGAGAAGGGUCGAAGAAAAAGCUGAUGCUACGUGUGUGUGCAGAGCCGACUGCAUGGUGUCCCUUCUGGAAAGGGAAGAGCGUGGGAAUUACUUUUUUCAAAGAAAUCGAAAGAACAGGAACUCUCUCUCUCGAAUUGUGAAAAAGACAAGAAUGUUGCGGGCGCUUCUGACCAUGUUCUAGCGGGAGGUUCAUUCUCAUUUUGGACAUUUCCGAGAGCGGUGUGGCGAUGCACUAAGUCAAGGAUGAGUUGUAGAAUAGUGUAUGCAAAUGGAUGGCUGAUAUUGAGUUUUUUGAAAACGUGUCGGCCACAAAUAACGAAAACAAAAAAAAGAAAAUCAAUUGGUCUUUGAGGAGAAAGAGGGAGAAAGGAGAAAAGGGGAAAAGAGAAAGGAAGGAGAAAGGAGAGGAGAGAGAGAGAGAAGGGAAGGAGGAAGAGGAGAGAGAGAGAGAGAGAGAGAGAGAGAGAGGAGAAAGGGAAAAGGUGAAGAGAGGAGAGAGAGAGAGAGAGAGAGAGAGAGGGAAAAGGGGAAGAAAGGGAGGAGAAAUGGAAAUAGAAGGAGAGAGAAGGGAAGGAGGAAGGAGAGAGAGAGAGAGAGAGAGAGAGAGAGAGAGAGAGAGAGAGGAGAAAGGGAAAUGGUGAAGAGAGGAGAGAGAGAGAGAGAGAGAGAGAGAGAGAGAGAGAGGGAAAAGGGGAAGAAAGGGAGGAGAAAUGGAAAAUGAAGGGGAAGAAGGAAGGAGGGAGAGAGAGAGAGAGAGAGUGGGGGGGGGAGGAAUGUCCACGAUUAGCGUUUGUUUAUCCUUCCUUUGUAGGCCACGAGCGGGAUGGCGGGCACAGGUUAGACAAAAUUUUAAGGGCAUAGUCAUACUGCGGUCGGACUUUCUUGGACGUGUAUGUGACCGCUUUUCCGAUCCAGCCUGGAUGCACCUGACCGCAAUUACGUCCGGAGAGAAGUAGAAAAAGUCGUAGUGUGAGUAUACAUGGCCCUAAUAAUGCACGCUGAGUAAGAAGUGCCGCGCUAGAGGUCAGCCCGAAUCUACAGUUUCUCUUGAUGUCAAAUAGGGGGUGUCAGUGGUAGGUUAGCUUUGUUCUGGUUGGUUUUUUUUUUUUUUUUUUCCCAUUCUGUAACGGAGGAAGUGAGACAUCGAAAAAAAAAAGAAAAAAAGUUAGUUGCACAUCGGUUUUUUUUGGUUUUUAUUUCUCCAUCGUGAGGUGCGAUUUUUCGUCUUUUCGUCGUGACAUUCGGCUUUCUUGUACUCUGAGGGAUAAGAAGAAGAGAUCAAUGGUCACGUAUAAGGGAGAAGAAGAAGAGGGAGGGUGUCGAAAGUUGUGCAUGCGUGCAAUACUGUUUUGUCGGACUUUUUUUUUUCUGUGGGACUUGUGAUCCUUUUUUUUUUCUUUGGGACUUUGCCUAGCAAAUAGUGAAACAAAGACGAGACCUAUUUAGUAACACACCUACCUUUUUUUUUUGGUUUCUAGGCAGUCAGACUUUUCUCGUGUCGAGAGUGAUUGCAUGGGUUGGGAAUUUCUAUUGACGUCAGUGAAGUGUCUAUGGGGAAAGGUUCAGGUGUGACGUGGUCCCUUUUUUUUGCGGGUUUGUUUUUUUUGCGGGUUUCUUUUGACAAUCAACGGAAGGUGUGACGUGGUCCCUUUUUUUUGCGGGUUUCUUUUGACAAUUACGUCUCGGUACAGAAGCGGCUACGUAUGUCAUUUGGAUACGGCUUGACGUGUGAGCGUGGUGGGUACAUUUGUUGGAGUCAACAGAAGCGUUAUGGUGUGUAGGAGGGUCAAGUGUGCGGUAGUUUCUCGUAGUGCUAACUUGUGUUGAUGUUCCUGUAAAAGGUGAGGAGUGAGUCGCCGAUUUGUGUUGACGUUC